CCGACUUUAAAUUUAGAGCUGACAAGAAAACCGAUCGAUAGAAGGAUGCUGUGUGUAACGCUGGACAGGAAUCAAUACUAUGCUGCAGUAUGCGAUAAACAUGUGUCGGACCGUUCUGGAGCGUUCAACAGCGACAGUAGUUCCUACAGCAUAUUAGAUUGGUCCAGGUCUCCAUUUCUCUGUUGUGCCCAUACAUUCAACACUUACCUUUACGGCUGUGUAAAUCAUUUCUCUAAAGCGGGUUAAAUGUAAAAAAAAAAAAUUGAGAUUGAGAUCGCAAGACAUCUUUAUGCAGCAUUUUUAUAGUUGCACAAAGAUCCAUAUUUCUUCUGUGCAGGUAGUAUGAUCGAUUGAAUUCCAUCGCAUUCAAAUGGAUGAAAUCGCUGACGAGUUGUCCCCUGAUAAUGAAUUGCACCAGAGAAUCAAUCAGGAAAUGUUGGCUAUCCAAUGCUCAGACAUAUUAUUCGACGCUGUUGAAAACCACAUUGAAUGCAUAUGGAAGACGAUUGAAAAAUUAAAGAGGGAAAAAAAGAGACCUACGGUUAUCGUUGAUACGCUAGUAGAUGAUAACAUAAAGAACCUUACAGAAAAUGUACUUUGUUUGCUGUUCAAACAUAAAGAAAAACUAGUAACCUUGGCUGGACCUUCAUCACAAAACGUCCGGAAUUUCCUGUCCAUUGUGUGGGUGGGGACUGACUCAUCUGCUCGGCUCUGUCACCAGUUUGUCUGCUCGUCAAUCUUUGUUCAGAAUACAUCCCAGCUUCUAGACUUUCUGAAUAAUACCACCACGAGUGAUGUCGUACAGUUUGUGAUUAAGUUCAUUCUGGGCUGUUGGCAUAACUGUCUUAGGCACGUGACCUCAGCUGCUGUAAUUCACUUCAAAGAAUUCAAACUAGCAAACAUUAUCCAAAAUACAAUUGAAAAGUUCAAUGAUCAACAAAUGAUUCUAGCCAAAGGCAUCAUUGUACUGUCGUAUUUGCUCACAGACGAUCAAAAGAAUGACAAAAUUCUGGAGAACAAGGUUGUUGGGUUCAUAGUUCAAAUUUUGAAGCAGGCCUCGAUAUCGGAGGACGGUUUGUCUCGUAGACAUGGAAUGAGUGUCCUUGAGGUUCUCCGUGGAAUCCACAACCUGUCCAUCAACGACAACAAUAAGGAGCAAAUAGUCACAUCCGGGGCUCUGCCGAUCUUAGUGGAAAUAAUGAAAAAGAGGCGAGAGACGGGAGAAGUAUUAGAAACACUCAUGAUUAUCUGGAGACUUUCUUUCCUGAAUCAAAUAUUUUCCAAAAUCAUAUCCGAGCCUGACUUAAUAAAUGCUAUAGAAAGCCUCAAAUUCGACACUGAUGAAAGAAUCCGACACUCGGCUACUGGUGCAUUAUGGGAAAUAAAACAGCGCAAUUCUAAGAUGCCAAUUCCUUUUGGAGACUGCCGACCCCAUGUGAUGAUAAGUUACCAAUGGGAUUCCCAGUCAACGAUGCUAAAGGUCAAGGAAUCCUUAAAAGAGGCGGGCUUUAAAGUAUGGAUGGACGUCGAAAACAUAAGUGGUUCCACGUUAGAAGCUAUGUCCUUGGCCAUUGAGAAUGCGGCAGUGGUGCUGAUUGGUAUGUCCAAGAAAUACAAGGAAAGUCCAAACUGUAGAUCAGAGGCAGAGUACGCCUACAAGUUGAGGAAGAGCGUAGUGCCCCUACGUCUGGAGCCUCGCUACGUGCCGGACGGUUGGCUGGGGAUCAUUGUCGGCACCCGCCUCUACUUCGACUUCACCUCGCCACGUGAUUACGACCACGUGAUGACAAACCUUCUCCGGGAGCUUGGCUUACGGGGCAGACUGUGUGACACAGUCGAUAGCGGCAGAGGUACAGUAAGACAAGAUACUUCUAACAAAAAAAGCGUCGACUUGGAUAAGCAGUGGACGACAGAGCAGUUAAGAACUUGGUUGGACAGUUGUCACUUCACCGCAGCCAAUGAAAGUUUGUAUGCACUGGACUCAGAUCUUUUAUCUGAACUACGCCUUCUGCAGUCAACCUCGCCGGAUGCAUUCUUCUCUAUACUCAGAUCUGACCUUCUUUUGAGAGGAAUUGACAUACUCAAGUUUUCAAAUGCACUGCGAAAACUUAAAGAUAAUUUCAAAACUACCAGUCAUUUUUCAUAAAU